CGAGCGCCAGCAGUCGCCGAGCUCCGGAGCCGCGUCCCCCUGCGCCGCCCCGGGCCGGCCGGCCGGAGGAGCCGCCAUGCGCCCCGGGCCGCCCCGCGCCGCGCUCCGCCUGUGGCUGGGCUGCGUCUGCCUCGCGCUCGUGCAGGCGGAUAGCCCCUCGGCCCCAGUGAAUGUCACUGUCAGGCAUCUCAAGGCCAACUCUGCGGUGGUGAGCUGGGACGUCCUGGAAGAUGAAGUCGUCAUCGGAUUUGCCAUCUCUCAGCAGAAGAAGGACGUGCGGAUGCUGCGCUUCAUCCAGGAGGUGAACACCACCACCCGCUCGUGCGCCCUCUGGGACCUGGAGGAGGACACCGAGUACAUUGUGCACGUGCAGGCCAUCUCCAUUCAGGGCCAGAGUCCGGCCAGCGAGCCCGUGCUGUUCAAGACCCCUCGUGAGGCAGAGAAGAUGGCGUCCAAGAACAAAGAUGAGGUGACCAUGAAGGAGAUGGGGAGGAGCCAACAGCUGCGGACCGGCGAGGUGCUGAUCAUCGUAGUGGUGCUGUUCAUGUGGGCCGGCGUCAUUGCUCUCUUCUGCCGCCAGUAUGACAUUAUCAAGGACAAUGAACCCAAUAACAACAAGGAGAAAACCAAGAGCGCGUCAGAAACCAGCACACCAGAGCACCAAGGGGGAGGUCUCCUCCGCAGCAAGAUAUGAAAACCUUGUCAGUGCUUGCUCUGAGCAGCUCAGAAGAGACGGUAGAGAAGUGGGAGGAUCUCAUGGUUCUGACGAUGAUUAUCCAACAAACAAACAUCUGGCCCUCUCUGCAUUUCCUCUUCCCUCCCAUCUCCUCACACCCCCUGGCUUAUUGUCUUCUCUCUUGGCUUCUCUCUUUCUGGCGCAUUUUCCUGAAGCCUCUUAGUAACCCCCAUCUCCAGAAGCACGUCGACAGUGUCAGGGGCCGAGGCCGCGCUCAGAGACAGGUCUGCAGGAUGGGAGAGAACCAGCUGGCGGGAUGGCUCUGCUGGGGGUGGACCGGGGGCUGGGGGGACCCAGGGCCUGGCACCCAGUCUUGGCCGCUAAGUGAGUGAGGAUGAAGGCUGGGUUUGAGAAGGCAGAGAGACGAGACACACAGGCAGGGCUCCUCCUUUCCUUCCAUGUGGGACAAGAGCCUGGCUUUUAGGUGGCAGCCCUCCCUUCUCGUGUCCUCCCCCUGUUUCCAACCUUGCAAGAAGUCUAUUCGAUUAGCCCUGGCUGCUUCUCUCAUUUUUUUCCUCCCAGUUUCCAAACAAGCCCUCGGUGAACAUCAUCGAAGCAUGACUGCCUGUCUGCAGGGAGAAGGAUUUCAUUUUUCUUCUCUGCUGGUCUCCAGGUCCAUGGGCACAGGGACAGGGAGGACCGUGGUGGGGGGGAGGCCCAGCUAGCUACACUGUUCUCCCUCUUCCCCAUCCUAGUCUGGUGAAGGAGGCUGAACUACAAACCCAAAUUCUGCAAAAAAAUAAACAAGCCACAAAACUAAAAGGCCUGGCCCCAUUCUGGAAAAGGCAAAGCUGCAUGAGACACAGCCUUCUUUCUGCCUCCUCGCCUCUCCUGGACUGGCUUCCUCUUCGAGAAAAUGCACAAAGCUCUUGGGAGAUGACAAGCACCUAGACUGACUCCAGCGGUGUCUUUCAGACCUAGAGCCAUCAGGGAAGCCAUGGGGCAGGCGCAUGGCUGCCAGCAAGCCUUUUCUGGAUCCAGCUAUCAAGGACUUGUUUGCUGUGUGAUGCACAAUUCGGCGAGUGUGUAAGAUGUUCUGUUUUGUCUCUUUGGAAAACACGACUGAAGGGCUUCACUCCAGAGGGCAGAGGAAUUCCCCGAGCUGAUUGCCUGCAGCCUCUAUCUUCUUUGGCCCUUAUCUGACUGUAACAUCGUUAGUCUGGCGUCUUAAGAAGACGAAGUGGGAAAGAGACCUGGGAGGUGCUGGCCCCAUUUUUUUUAGGAAGAGUCUCUUGGAGUUGGAACAAUGCUGGCUCACACAACUGAAAAGGUAUGUCCACGUGGGACAUCCUGGGGGCUGCUGAGUCACCUGCUCUGGAGUGGAAGCUGCUGGAAGGCAGGCCUGAGCCAUUACUGUGGACAGUCAGAGCAGCCCUGGCCUCUGGGGUCUCCAUAUCUCACCAUCUCAUCCAGGGUUCUGUGAAAGCUACCCAGGGUCCUCAUGUCCUUCCCUAGAGCCUGAGUGGUGUGAGGUAACAGGUCUCUCUCUCCACUGCCCCUUUCUGGUAAACAAAACAAAACAAAACAAAACAAAAUGGUGCUUGAUAAGGGAAAGCAGACUCUUCCCUGGGACUGACAAGUUACGGCUGCUGAAUGCCUGCAGGGGAAGAGAUGGGCCUUGGCGCCUUCCGUUGGUGGUGAAUGACGGGCAUGUGGGAGGACUGCGCCUAGCACAAGCCUGGCACACAGUAGGCGCUCAGUGAAUACCUGUUGAACUGAACGUUAAGAGCAAGUGCCCCCCCCCUCCCCCCCACCAGCCAGAGAGCUGAAAGCCAUCACCCAAUGACCGCCCCUUCCUUCCGGUCUACAAGAGCUCUCCCGGCUAGGUCAGCCACCACUCUGCUUGGCCCGGUGUGGCAGCACAGGAAGGGAGGAGAGACAGGGUAAAAGGCAGAUGUCAGCAAUACUAAGGGCUUCCUCAUGGAAGGGCAUGAGGCUCCACUCAUUGUCUUGUGACUUCCAUCCCUGCUGAAUGGGGCUGCAAGGCCAAGGCUCCUUAGGGGAGAGGUCCUUACCUCUGAUCCAGUUAGAGCAAUAACCUCUUUUUAAAUGUAAAAUAAAAGACAAAUGAAAAGGCACA